UAUGGAUACUCGGCUGCGAGAAUUUUUGCUGGAGCGCAAACUUGAAGACGUGAUCCAGAAACUUGAAGAUGAAAAUAUUGAUGAAGCCGUCAUUCCACUAAUGACAGACAGUGACCUGGCAAAGUACAUCCCCAAAGCUGGAGAUAGAGUCUCCACUGUGGCCUUCUGCAGACAAGCAGCACUGUCACAAAAAUCCCCAUCCAGGAAAGAAUCCAUACUUUCAAGGCUACGACAAAGACUUUCUGGAGCUGAGGGAAGACCUCCAAAAAGCAGAUCAUCUCAGUGGGCAGGAAAUACAAAUGCCAAACGGAAAAAGAGACGAAUUGAAGUUGGCUGGAUGGAUUUUGAUGAGGAAGCAGAAAGAUACAAACAGGUGAAGUCUGUAAAUGGAGGAGGAACAAGGCAUCUCUCUAUCGACAAAGAUGAAACAGUGGCAAAUAUCAAAGUUAUGGCUGAAAAUCUUUUUUUUCCCAAAGGCCAUUAAAAAAAAAACCAAAGUCUUUCACGCUAUUCAACUCAUAUUGACAGCUCACAGACACAUGUUAAUUUGUCUAAAACAGUAGAUGAGUUGUAUAACGAAAGCAAAGUCAAAAUGUUGCGACUUUAUCUGUGCGCCAAAAAGAAAACAAUAGAGCAGCCCUCAGAACAGGAAGAUGAAGUGGUAGAUCUCACCGACAAUGAACAGAAUCAGGCUGUUGAGUAUCUGCUGGUGGAAGACAGAAAUUCAGAAUCACCAAAGCACUUUGAAAUAAAUGAUGGCACUUCCACAAGUGGACAGUUGGAACUGAAUGACACAUUACCAUGGGAUGGUCUGCUAACUGUGGGCGAAAGCACAGAUUCUGAUAUAGUUAUGUUCAUAAGUGGGGAUGACAGACUGGAUGUAACUGUGGAUGAAUCAAACCUUCAAACCUUUCCAGAAAAACAGGAUGAUGCACCUCAUCAAGCAGUGGAUCACUCAUCUGUGCUUGCAGGGGAUGUUCCAAUGUCUGAUGUUCCAGCCCAAACACUUCCUGAACCACAGUCUUGCCCUGUAACACUUAUUGUAAGAAGAGGUCACUGUCUCACUGACCUGAUCAAUGCUUUCAAGGACCCCAACAUUACUGCAUCUGAGGUCAACAUCAAAAUGCGCUUACCAAAUGGAGAGCUUGAACAAGGAGAAGGAAGUGGUGUUUUGCGAGACUGCCUGACAGAAUUUUGGAUGGAUUUCUAUGAUAGCUGCACACUUGGAGUUGAGGUGAAAGUCCCCUUCAUUAGGCAUGACUUUCAGUUUGAAGAAUGGCAGGCUGUAGCUAGAAUAUUUGUGGUAGGAUGGAAACAAGGUGGUUACUUCCCAGUGAAACUUGCAUUACCAUUUCUGGAAGAAGUACUGUAUGGCUCGACAACCAGCAGUUUCAAGGAUUCUCUCUUGUUGUACGUAUCACAACAAGAAAGAUCUGUCCUUCUGAAGGCUUUGGAGGACUUUAAUUCGGUGGACACAGAUGAAUUACUGGAUGUUCUCGAUGCUCAUGAAUGCAAGCAAGUCCCUACCAAGGACACACUGCUCCCUGUUUUGGCACAGAUUGGACACAAAGUAAUCAUUCAGGCCCCAAUGUAUGUAAUUGAAUGCUGGCGUCCUGUUGUAGGUUCUGUAGCUGAUUUGCUACCACCAGAAGGACUGCAUCAUUUCAUUUCACAAAAAAAAACAACCUCAAAAAAAGUGAAGGAGCUUCUAAACUUUCCAGAGGAGAUGACAGCAGCACAGUCAACCGUUUCCCGUUACCUGAAAAGGUACAUUGGGGAAAUUGAUUGCAACAAUCUUCAGCUUUUCCUGCGGUUCUGUACAGGAUCUGAUCUCUUGGAUCAGGCCAUACUGAUUGAGUUCAUAGAAACAACCGAUUUCCUCCGCAGACCACAGUCCCACACAUGUGGAUGUGUACUAAAGUUGCCCAUUGGGUACCACAGCUAUCCAGAUUUUCGCAGCGAAUUCAACAACAUUCUCACAAGCUCUAUGUGGGUUAUGGAUGUGGUGUAGGUAGUAAUACAAACACUAACAUGAAGGGUGUGACUGGUUUUGUUGUUUUAACUAUGUAGGCUGUUGCACCUUUUUUAUGUCUGGCAUUUUAUUUUAUCUGUUUCUUAAGUCGUUGCUGUGUUUUUCACAAUGAAAUAGUACGUUUAAAGGUUUUUUCAGGUUUUCUGCAAUGUUUUAUGAGGUCCGUGUGCUUAGUCAAUCUAUUACCUGCAGUACCUGAAGUGUCUACUGCAGGUACACUUACUAGGCAAAAGUACAGCUCUGCUUCAAAUACCAAAAUCCAAAUGAUUCAGUGUGUUUUGUAAUAUUGCAGUUGUUUGUUGCAACCCCAGUAGAAACAAGAAUGUGAGCCUUUACUCAUUUUUAAAGGUGUUCAAAAAUAAGUGAGUUGUUUACACUUUAAAGAAGUGUAGAAAACAUUUUCUGUCAGUCACUGUGAAGCUGGCUAACGGGAGGUUUGAAACCUAUUCUUAUCCUGUUAAGCAGACCAACCUGGUCUGCACAGACCAUUGUGUAUUUUGAAGAAGACCAAUAAACCA